CCUAAUUCCUAAAACAGACUCUCUUUCCCUCCCCUCCCCUUUCCCUCUCCUCUCUUUCUCAAAAACCCAAAAUUUCUCAGUCCCAGUCUCAGAUUCUCUCUUGCCUUUUAUUUUCAGCGAAGAUGCUAACAGGAGACAUACCACCGAACCAAACAAUUUACGUUAAGAACCUCAACGAGAAGGUCAAGAAAGAAGAGUUGAAGAGAUCACUUUAUUGUUUGUUCUCUCAAUACGGGAGGAUUUUGGAUGUUGUUGCUUUGAAGACGGCAAAGCUUCGAGGGCAAGCAUGGGUUGUGUUUAGCGAAGUGACGGCUGCAAGUAAUGCUGUGCGGCAAAUGCAGGGUUUUCCAUUUUAUGAUAAACCUAUGCGAAUCCAAUAUGCAAAAACAAUGUCUGAUUGCAUUACAGAAGCAGAAGGAGUCUAUGAUCCAAAUGCAAAGAAAAAGAAGAAGAACGAAGAAAAAGCUGAAAGAAAAAAACGUGCUGAAGAAUCCCAGCAAUCAGCUCCAGCUAAUGGUAAACCUGCUGAAAGUAACGGGGGCCCAACUUCUUUCCGCCAUGGAAACCAGGGUGCACAAGAAACAGCUCCGCCAAAUAAUAUAUUGUUUAUUCAAAACUUGCCCCAUGAAACCACUAGCAUGAUGUUGCAAGUGCUCUUCCAGCAAUACCCAGGAUUUAGGGAAGUCCGAAUGAUUGAGGCGAAGCCAGGUAUUGCAUUUGUGGAAUUUGAAGAUGAUGUGCAAUCCUCCAUGGCCAUGCAGGCCCUUCAAGGUUUCAAAAUUACUCCCCAGAACCCCAUGGCUGUUACUUAUGCCAAGAAGUAAACCGGCCUUUGUUAUGAAGCAAUUGCCUCUUUCACUUCUUGCCUCAAACGUUAAUCGUGGAUGCGAUGAUUGAAGAGUUUUAUGAAUACUGUAGCAAUGUAGAAUUUUGAAAACUAAUUGUAGAAUUUCACUUCCAAUUUGAUUGAUGUUUUACUA